AUGGACAAGGGACGUGGCACAGAACCUGAACGUUUGACCACAGUCUCGUUCUACCUCCAUUCGAUAGCCUACACGGGAUCGAUGGCCGGUUGCACGCUUCCAGUGGAUUUUCAUUCCUUAGCAGCGAGUAUUCGUAGCAGCCCGAACUCCCCGCACACCAACGAGCCAUCGCUUUCGACCGCCUUCGAGUCUUAG